UUUAAACGCUUUGGGCUUAACUACUCUGUAAUCGACACAACUUUCAAAAAUGUUGAGAAGAGUCCAUACCAGCUUUCACGACUUUGCAGAAAAUCAAUUUUCAAACGCAACUGUCAUUUCCCCCCAAUACGACGGCGUAAGUGACGACAUUUACAGCUGCGAUGAAUUCCGCAUGUACGCGUACAAGAUCAAGAUGUGCACCAGGACCCGCAGCCACGACUGGACCGAAUGUCCUUUCGCGCACCCCGGCGAGAAGGCCCAGCGACGCGACCCUCGCAAGGUGUCCUACAUGGCCAUCCCGUGCCCUGCCUUCCGCGACGGUACUUGUCACAAGGGAGAAAGGUGCGAGUUCGCACACGGCGUGUUCGAGUACUGGCUUCAUCCGGCAAGGUAUCGCACGCGCGCCUGCAUUGCGAAUCGUUUUUGUCAACGCAAAGUCUGUUUUUUCGCUCACACUCGCGAGCAGCUCCGGCCCGAGACCAAAUACAAGUGUCUUUACAGUUACCAGGCCCGAAUCAACGUGAACAGCGGAAACCCCGAAGGGUCGGGGAUGCGAUCGGUUGGUGUAGAUUGCGCCAGUACUUCAUCGCCCAGACCAGUGUCGCCAAUGAGGGUGCUGAAUAAGGACUGUUUGGAAGAGGUCACGGACUUCUUGAGGAGUUUGAGUGGGUUGAAGAUUAGGGCUGGUGAUGGAAUGGAGAAACCCAAUGGUGGGAUUAAGGGGCCGGAAUCGGAUCCGGGAAAGCCAAAUAUUGAUUGGAUUUCAGAUUUGGUGAAAGAAAUGGAUCGGAGUGAAUAAGCCAAAUAUCAUUGGAUUACUGUUUUGUGUGUAUAGACUGUUCAAUGGUGAGAUUUGGCAGGAGUUCUCAUUGCAAUAAAUGUGAAUUUAGCUAAUUGCAUGUAAGCUGUUGUGUUUCGUGUAUUAUUAAGUGUAUGUAUCGUUUAAAUAAUGAAGCAAA